UUAUGCUCCGGACAAGGAAAAUGCAACGGACGUCUGGACCGACCGACCGACCGACCGACCGACCAACCGACCGACCGACCGACCACCGGGUGACUCCUAUAUACCCCCCCAAACUUCGUUUUUGGGGGUAUAAUAACACGGCAUUUACUGCCCAGUGUGACUUAGACUCUAUUUUGAAUAAGUACCAAGUACCUAAGAAUUGUGACAGGGCCAUUCCGCCCAUUGUUAACCAGGAAAUAUGGAAAACAUUAGACAAAAGAGCCCAUUUUCAAGAUAAGUUUAUGGUGGACAUACAAAAUCUUGUGGUUUCGGGCCUAGGUCCAGUUGUUAAGUUGCUUGAGUUUGUGAAAAAGAACAAUCUUAUGAAAAAUGAGGCAAAAUGUAUCUUCUCUGACCUGUUUACUGUUCUGGGUCAGGUGCAAUACAACCUCAGUUUGAGGAGGAGAUAUCUUAUAAGACCGUAUUUGAAGAAGAAGUAUUCUUCAUUGUGUAGUAUUUCGAUGCCUAUAACAACCAAACUUUUUGGUGAUGAUGUUUCAAAAGAAGUCAAAAGUUGUGAUGCUUUAUCGUACAUUGGUAAGGAUUAUACUUACAGCAAUUAUAGAGGUGUCCAGCGUAGACGCUCUGGUCGAGGAUUUGUUAACUCAAAUUUUAGUAAUUACGGCUACCAGUCAUCUACAUACAAUCAGCGUUCUGGUUUUAGGACUAGACCGUAUCCGUUACGUGGACAAUCUUUCAAGAUUGGUCUAGGCGGACGAGGAAGAGGUAUGAGAAGAGGUGCCUUGGCUUCUGCUACAGCCAGUGCCCCAAACGAUCAGGAAUAAAUGAAAGGGUUACCCAGACACAGAGAUCUUCUAGUGUUGCCGCACAAUGGAACAUUACACCCAUUAGGAAGAAAAUUAAA